CAGAGAAAUAGUGGAAAGAGAAUGGGAGUGGGCAGAACUUGUCUCUUAAAGGGACUUUUACGCCCACACACAGAGAGUCAGGGUACUGCCUGCCAUGCACACAGGGGUGAAACAUUUCCCAGGUCCCCAAGGGGUGGGGUCAGGUUUGCCUGGGUGAUAACAUUUUUUGUAUGUCUUCUACAUCAUAUAAUUACCAGGAAAGCUAAUAAUAUUCCAUUUGUAGUCUAGUUUGGCUCAGUUGAACAUCUUUCUAAUUUAAACUAUACUGCCCUGGUGUGUUUGGCAAAUGUAACCCCCUGAGCUGCAUCUUUAUCAGUGCUAUAUAAAUAAUAUUUAUUAUAAAAUUCUUGUGAAAUGGGAAGCACUUCCACAUUAGGCACAAAGCAGCAGUCACCUCGUCUACUCUGGGCUUCACUGGAUCAGCAAUGGCUCCUACAGAGGGCAGAAGCCAUGCUACACAUCUCCUGUUUCCUUGCCGACCUUUCAGGGCACAUUCUUGCACUGUUGCAUCAUCUUUCUAUCGUGUUGAAAGACAAGAGUGUUUUGGAAAAUGGUAAUGGACAAUGCAAGGGCUUGGGCUGCAUUGCCCACAGCAAUUUCAAGAAAUUGUCUCUCUGGAAUUGAAGGGACUGGUUAAGAUUCUGAAGUUCCUUUAGCACAUUCCAAAACCAUUUGAUUCAGCACUGAUGAGGAUCUGCACUGGAAAUAGUAGAAUAUAGGAAGAGACAUAGUGUAAAAGAAAAUACUUCAUCAAUUAUUUCUAAAAAUCAGAAUAAAAGCAACUAAUCUUCAAACUAUUUAUCUUUCAUCGUUAUAACUGAGUAUUCAAAGGGUUUCUGUCUCAUUUAUCUUGGCCCAGUAGAACAAGAGCCAGGCUUCCCUGAGAAGAGUUUCUUGUCAUGAUAGGAUGACAAGGAGAGAGCUCUCUUGAGCUAAGGCAGACACGACUAUAUCCAAGUUCUGUAACUUAGAACCAGUAUCAUCUUUGAAGACGUCUUGUCUUCUCAAAUUCUUAGCUUGUUAAAUACUAAACACACACACACACACACACACACACACACACACACACAAAAUGAGUGUGCGUUCACCUCUGAGUCAACAGCACUGUGGACCCUGAGUGUUAGUCUAUGAAAAAAUGGCAUCCAGGCAUUUAAGUUUAUUUAAAUAAGAAAAAUCAUUCCAAAUGUAUGACAAAACUAGAAAAGAAUUUUCCCCAGAUAAUGAAAAAGUACUUUGCAUAAGUGGUGCAGGUCAGCAAGUAACUUGAGUACAGUAUUUCUGUUAAUUAAACACCAGCCUCCCAUACUUUCUCUUUUCCUUGUACACCUCUGGGCUCUCCUCCUUGGGAAUUACUAAUUUCUUAUUUCCAUUUGUCUGGCUUGCUUUGUGGUUUCUUUCUAUCAUCUUCUUUGGCACUGGGCUCCUUCACACGUAAAACGUAAUUUAGUUUUUGUCUUCUUCUCUCUUCACCAUUUAACAAGCAAUGAUAAAAUUCCCUGGCCAAAGGCAUUUUUUUGAGUUUGUAACAGUGACAUAUCUUAGAGUUUGCCCAGAUGUGAUGCCCUCAAGCUGCAGCAAGAGUUGGAGACAAGUACCGUGAUAAUAAAGGGGAUGCACAGUGAUUCUCCAACGUUUCCUAUUUUUUCCAAUUUUUCAAAGAUAGAGUUAGACCUUGCUGUUUAUCUCUAAAUAUAUAAUAUCCAUAGCGGCUUGAUUGCAGAGAUUGGAAGGCAUAUAUGAUACAGUGGCAACUAAGUCAUUACUCAACAGAUUCUCUGCUGUCUAAAUAUCUACCAUGUAUUUCCAUGUAUCACUCAAUUAUUCAUAUAUCAUCUAUCUGUAAUCUAUUUACCAUCUGUUUAUUUACUACAUAUCUGUCACAUCUAGAUUUCUGUCAUGUAACUAUUUAUCAUUACCAAUCCCCUGUCUAUAGCAUCUCUGCACCCAUUACGCAUCUCUCAUCUGUCUUCUAUCUCUCCAUCAUCUAUCAUCUAUCUAUCUAUCCUCUGUCUAUCAUCUACCAUAUAUGCACAUGUGUCCACAUCAAAUUGUCUGCUUACUUUAUUGUCAAGCUUCUUCAAAGAGCACAUACUAAAAUGGAUUAAGCUCAUAUGGUUGUGUCUUCUCCAUCUGGGUGCCAAGCAGGGUGCCACACUGCACAAUAGUCCUUCCCCUAGGGGCAUGGCAGGCCACGUUCUGACCACUUGGCAGCAUGCCAGGCAUUUUACCGGGGUUCCUGGAUUCUUCCAAGAGCAAUGUGUGUCCUCAGGAAAAGUCUGAGUUAAUAUGAUUGUCCCGGUAUUUCUAGAACAAGCCUCUAUAAAUGAAGCAAGGACUGGGCUGGCACUGACUUGGGCUCAAACUGUCUUCUGGGGAAAGGCAAUGGGAAACACGGGGUGUCAGAAACGGAAGACAGCUCCGAGGAUUUGAGUGUACCCUGUUAUUCUGCAAUGUCUUUUCUGUGGCUUCUCCCACAAACGGACCUCCGGCCUCUUCUUAAGCACUUCAGGUGACAAGGGUGUGAUGGGCAGUUCACCCUUUCCCUCCUUAGUUUAUAAUCUGAGUAGCGAUGUCAUGAGAAUAGAUGAAGAAUAAUCGGUUUUGGGUCUUGCCAUUUUGGGUCCCAUGACCUUUAUGUGUUUCCUUCUCUAGCAGUGCCAUGUACAGUUGAAAAGUUUGCUGUAAGGCACAGAUAAAAGUUAAAUGGUGAAACCCUUUCCACUUCAGAUGGGUGGUAUUUUUUUAGACGUUCGAUGUUUACACUAAAUGUAACAUAUUAAAGCCACGUGUACUUUAUUAGAGACUAUCUGCUGAGUGAAUGAAUGAGUGAAUGAAUGAGUGAAUGAAUGAGUGAAUGAAUGAUUCGCACCCCCCACCCACCCCUGUUGACACUCAAUGGGGUGGGAAACUCUCCAUAAACAUAGCAUUUGCACUCGGUCACAGAAUCAGGGUAGGAAUACAAUGGCAUACAUUUUGUCAGUGCAAAUUCAGGCCAGUGAUCCCCUGUGAGCUUUUGGCAGUGGUGCCCAUCCGCUUGGCAUUGCUAUGGAUACCAGAGAUUCAGAACGACAGCGUGAGUAUUGUCGGCCACUGACCUCCUCCUCUAAUCUCUUCCAGGAACUUCUACUACAUCACAAUGUUGCGGGACCCAGUGUCACGUUACCUGAGUGAAUGGAAACACGUCCAGAGAGGGGCCACAUGGAAAACCUCUCUCCACAUGUGUGACGGAAGGAGCCCCACCCCAGAUGAGCUGCCUACCUGCUACCCAGGCGAUGACUGGUCUGGGGUCAGCUUGCGGGAGUUCAUGGAUUGCAGCUACAACUUGGCCAACAACCGACAGGUGCGCAUGCUGGCUGACCUCAGCCUGGUGGGCUGCUACAACUUGACUUUCAUGAACGAGAGCGAGCGCAGCGCCAUUCUGCUGCAGAGCGCUAAGAACAACCUGAAGAACAUGGCCUUUUUCGGGCUCACCGAGUUCCAGAGGAAGACACAGUUUCUCUUCGAGAGGACAUUCAACCUGAAGUUCAUUUCCCCUUUCACACAAUUCAACAUCACUCGGGCUUCCAACGUGGACAUCAAUGAGGGAGCCCGUCAGCACAUCGAGGAGUUGAACUUCCUGGACGUGCAGCUCUAUGAAUAUGCAAAAGAUCUCUUCCAGCAACGCUACCACCACACCAAACAGCUGGAGCACCAGAGGGACCGCCAAAGGCGGCGUGAGGAGCGAAGGCUGCAGCGAGAACACAGAGCACAUCGGUGGCCCAAAGAGGACGGGGCCACGGAGGGGACUGUCACGGAGGACUACAACAGCCAGGUGGUUAGGUGGUGACCCUCCGCCUGCUGCUUUUUCAUGAUGGGGAGACAGGCAGGUGCCUUGUCCUUCUGUUGGACUGCGUUGAAGAAGCUGGGUCCUGCUGAGGACCUCUGGCUGUAUGUGACUUAAUUCGGAUGUCUGCUUCCUCUUCUUCGUCUUCAUUUUUCAGUCCAACUGGAAAAUUUCCAUCUUGGUUUUGGUUUUUUUUGUGUUUUUUUUUUGUUUUUUCCUUUUCUAGACAAUUUCUGAUCACUGAUAUAAGUGGGGUGGAAAUCAUACCCAACAGACCAUUUUAGAGGGUCAGAAGAGAGGCCUCAGAAAGGAGACAUUGUGUAGGAUGUUUGCAACGCACAAUGGGUCAGUUUGGGAAUCUGGAGCCCACAGAAGUACACGGGAAACCAAACAUGGUGUGGGUUCUAUGAUGACUGCACCACAUAGCAUACUGUUCUGUUUAGAAAAGGAGAGAAGGGCCCUCAGCCCUUAGAUGACCCUUCUCUCUCAGUGUUGAACUGGGGAAAUGGCUCAAAUGUGGUUUAAAUCAUGAAUCACAUUGUUUGUCCCUGCAGAUGUUUUUAAACAAAAUUGCUCUAAGGUUGACAGUAGCUAGAGACUCCUAGCCUGCAAUCUCUGACAUCAGAGCCCUAAGCCACAGGUCUUUUAGGGGACAUGGAGUGAGCAUGAAGAAAUAAACACUGCUGGGAUAUUUUGGGGAGCAGACUUAUUUAGUAACGACUAAGGAGAUUGCCGCUUAUCAGUGUUAAUCCUCCAGGUAAGGAAUACAUUUAAAAAAAAAAAAAAAGUCAAGAGAGUGAGAGCAAAGAAACAGGAGAAAAACCUCCAUUUCUAAACCAGCUUUAGAGCCUUAGUUGUCACGUUAAAAGAAUGUCAGACCCUUGCCCUUGUGGAGAGGGCACCUUUUCAGCCAGAUUAGAAGUUCUGCUAUCACAAAAAGAAAAGAUGUUUUCAAAAAUCUUGAAUUACAGAACAGGAGCUGAACCAAUGAGGACACAAUACAUUCAGGAGAUGCAUCAUAGCAUCCAUUUAUAUCAGAAGUUCAGAGGGAUGCUGCACCUGGCAUUUCCAGUUUCUUUAAACCUCUGUUCUUCCCACACGGUUAUUACCUGUUCUGUGACUACAACCAGAAGACAAAGCUACAGUGUACAAAACUGGACCAAAAAUAUGCCGCAUUGCCCUAGGUUCCUUGGUUUUUGACCUUUCUAAGCCACAACAAGUCACUUCUGUGGAAAGGAAUGGGAAGGAGUGGAGCAGAAAGCCUUUGCCUCACACUCAGUUGGAAGAUCAGAGUGGGUAGAAAGGCUUACAACACGUUGAUAAGAGAUCAAUCCUUCCAAGCAGCCAAAGGCUUGAGACCCUGAAAUCAGGCUGGAAAGCCUAUUUCACUGACGUCCUGCAUGCUUGAUGUUUAAGCCAGCUUUACAUAAGCUGCUUCUCAGCCUUCAGGCUGUCCUCUCUGGGGUUGAAAGGUCAUGGUCUCCCAGUGUUUACAAAGUGUCUGGUGCAAGGGAGCCUAGCAUCUUUUGUAGACUCCAGUGGAGAAAUGGUUUUGACCCUUCUCUCACUGUGGUUGGUGUAUAGUGCACUGUAGGAAAUGACAUCAUUGGAGGCCUUCCUGUGUCAUGCAUGUUCUAAGAGAAGCCCCACGCUAGACCUUGAAUACAUCUGGCUUAACAGGGUGGAUGUUUCCUGUUAAUGUUUUAUCAUUAUGAAGCCCCCAGAUGAGAUGGGGUUCCCUUGGGGAUUGAAAGGUAGACCUAGCUGGCUAUAUUCUAUUCACCCAAUGCUGCCCAUGUGGGGUAAACCUUCCUGCCAGGCACACGAGAAGCCAGAUGUUAUCACUUUGCUCCUGGCCCACAGAGGUGGCAUGAAGUGAUAAGGGUCCUGAGCCCUUCUCCUUGAGGGUGAGUCUCCCCUCAUCACUGUCUCUCUCAUGAGCUGAGAGAUGGAUGACUUCUUUAGCAACCAUAAUUUUGAGUUAUACGCAGAAGUAAACUGAUAGUGGACAAUUGGCUAUGGCUUUUUAGUUGUUAGAGAUGAGGCCUCUCAAAUAUCCCUGUGUAUCUUUAUGAUGAUUGGCUCCAGAGGAGGGAGGGGUAAGAGGAGAAGGACAGGAAUGGAUGAGAAGAACACUUUCAGUUUUCAAGAACUGAUGCCCUGCCAGGAACCUGAAAAGUGUGCCUCAGCCAUCAGCUGUGAUGUACACGUCCGUAUAUGCAACACACACACACACACACACACACACACACACCCCUCAGUAUUUUCUCAAAUGGAAAAUCAAAACAGGCUACAAAGCACCACACUGAUUCUUUUCAACUCACAUUGUAUUUUCGGUGAGGGGUCCUUGGAGGCAGCCAUGCUACCUCCACAUCAUACUGUUCCUCUGGAAAGUCAGAGUGCGUAUCAAAAGGCCUCUGCCACCUCACUGCUGAGUGUAGGAUGUGUGGCCCUCCCUCCUCUUGAGAGCAGACAACAGGAUGAUGUGAGGAGAAAUCAUCUCUGUGUUGGCCUCAGGCCAGGACUAAGUGAAUUGGAAAGACUAGCAUGGCUUCCUCACUCGUACAGUUCCAUUUGGAAGCAUCUCAGUUGUCAUAUCCCCAGGGUCUUGCUUGAUGGAAAUGGAGAGGUGGGAUAUAGUGCAUUCUCUGAAAAUUGACUGCACAAGCUCCCUGCUGGGUGAUGCUGAAGGAAGAGAUGCCAGUGUCAGGCACAGGAAACUAUGAAUGGAUGGGAACCCAUCAGCCUUAGGGUCUCAAACCACAGCAACUCCAACUACAUAGACAGAGGAGAGAGGAUACCUACUUAAUUCCACUUCUUGUGGACUUCGCCAACUCCCAGACAGGUGUUUUCUCCCUUCUCUAGGCGGUACCAGCACAAGACAGUGGACUGGAGUAUAUGUGGUGUGUGUGUGUGUGUGUGUGUGUGUGUGUGUGUGUGUAUCUAUAUAUGUCUCUGUGUAUCUGUGUGUCUGUUUGUCUAUACGUGUCUGUGUAUGUCUAUAAUAUGUCUGUGAAUGUCUGUGUGUGUCUCUAUUCACAUUCUGCAGGGUGCAUGUGCCUACAUAUGUACAUAUUGUGGGGUUCUAUAUGUGUGGUUCAUCUGUCUGCCUGUCUCUCUGUGUGUUCACAUUUUGUAGUGGUGUAUAUGUGUGUACAAGCGUGCUAUGUGACACACAUUCUGUUCAUAUUUCGGUAUGGCCUAAGACAGACACAUUUUUUGUCUCCUUCCAGCUUCCUGGAAGCCUAAUCUUGAUAUUGGAGAAAACAACUGAUAACCUUAUCAAUCAAUGUAGACAACACAUAAGGAAAAUUAUGAGUUACUGAAAAAUAUAAAGAUGAGUUUCUAUCAAAAACCUAAUAAAAAUUUGAACAGAAAAUCUUCAUUUGAUCAAACCAUUAACACAAUGCUUUUAAAAGUCUGGAUGGAGAGGGGACUAAUCCUCUCUUAUUGCUAUUUCAUUCUAAGACAUAAUGUCUGCCUCCUGGCCCAGGGUGCCUGCUACAGCUGCAGUGAUCUUAUUUUCACUUAAGGCAGUGGAGCGGGAUUAUAGGGAAUUGCAGAUACUGCUUGCAGUCGUGUCCCAAUGGCUGCAAUCUAGACACUGUCCACAUCCAUUUGCAGAGAAGACUAGAAAAUAUCUUUAUUAUUUCUAAGUGCCAGGUAUCUUCAUAAGUGGGGUGGAGCGCUAUUGUUAAGGAAUGAUGUAAAGUUAAUACCGAUAGAAAACUAUAGGUCCCAAUACAAAAGGAAGGAAAUGGGAAAAAGAAUACCAAGUCCUUUCCAAUGUCAUUUAUUUUCUCAUCAGUUUUACAAAGGAUGAGACUAAAGUUUACUCUGUCGGCAUUUAAUGCUUUUCAGAACAUUUUGGGUGAUACCUUACUUGGCCUGCCUUAUAUUCUUAUGCACCAACCAGCAUUUCUGUUCUCUUCCUACAUUUGAUCGUUUGGAAUGAAGAUUCAGAGAUCCUGGAAGACCACACCCCUCCCAGUCCCCGGUUCUCAUUCAUUUGCAGGGAACUUGUUCAGAGCCCAUGGUCUUUCAGCCUUGGAGCUUUUCCUACUCCUCACGCUGCUGCUUGGCAUUAGUAUUGGAACUGGGAAUUACACAAAUGUGAAAUCUAAAUCUUUAUUGAUUUCUGUCUUCCUUCAGCUUGUUGUGAAGCUUCAGUGACCUAGAAAAUGCCAUGGACAGGUCCAGUAGACUCUCAGUUCUUCUCCCAUGGUGAAGGAGCCUCUUACUUGAAUGAAAGGCUCAGGUAGAGAGAGGUACAAGGGAGUCCAAGGAAAGCUCAUGAACUCAGGGGAUACACUCAAACACCUUUAUCUGGAUGCGGACCCUAUUCCACCCUCAAACUACCCGACAUGGAGACUGGGGGGCUAGGCUUACUACUCCAGUGGGACAGGCAACAUUCAAGAAAGUCAGAAUCAGCAGAUGCCCGUUAGAAAAGCUUAAGGGGUGAUCGAUAGGACCUCUGCUCAUAAAAUGCCUCCCUCUCUCUGCUUUUCCUCCAGGUCACUGAUAGCUUAUCAGCACCAUGUUGCUAUAGUUCUUAUAUAUUUUAUUUGGUAGUCACUGAGUUCCUUUGCCCAUUGCUGGAUGGUGAAAUGCUUUAAGCUGUAAUAAGCAAGCAACUUCACCCACUCUAUCCAGUUUCUUCCCAGACAUAUCAUCUGGCUGAGAAGAGGUUCAAAGUGGGAUCACACCAACACACAAUGUGGCAGCAAUAGAAGAAAUUAGGGGUCAGAGGGACAGACACCCCAGAGAAAGAUGAUGGGUAAUUAUGUGCAGUCAAUAGUGGAAUACAGAAAGAUGCUGAGGACAUGGCUUUUGUUCUUAGGAUAAAAGGUAGCCCAGAAACACGUGACUUAACUCUUCUAGCCACUCAGAAAAGCACAAGAGGGGGUGCACCCACAAGGCAGAAUCCAGUCCUCAGGUCGACUUGGGGUCUGAAGGCUGACUAGGGUGGAAGAGUUGGAUUAAACAGAGAGCUGUGUUCAGCACAGGUGAGAAUACUCUGAUGUGAUCCCAGCUGUGACUCUGGGUUUUCCUUUUCCAUCAUAUGUGCCUCUGCUGGUCACCAGAGCCCCAUCUGAAAAGCUGCAGGCUGGGUGGUGGGCUGGACGAGGCUGACAACGCUCCCCAGUCAGCUCUGUUCUGUGUGAAUUCUCUGAACGAGACCUCCUGGGCAAGUAGGGGCAUUCUCAGUUUUGUCACCUCUCAGAUAGGAUGGCCACAGACCCACCUUCACAGUCUGUUGACAGGCCUGACCUCCCCUGCAGAUGUGCUGAGAAUCCUGAGGACUGGCCUGUUGUAAACAGGGAAAUGCUUGAAAGCCUCUCCACUUCCAGGCAAGGACUCCGGUAGCGUGAUGGAACACUGGAAUGAUGAAUGAUAAAUCUGCAGAAACCGACUCGUAGGUGUUUCUGGAGCCUGUCUUCUUCGAUCUCCACAGGACACACUGCAACUGUCCUUCAGCAAACUGAGGGUGGCUCUCUGAGAUCUAUCUUCUGCUUCACUGUGGGAACUCAUGAAAGGCCAGAGAUCAGGGCUAAAAACCCUCAGCUCUUGUUGGGAUAACAAUGUCCUGACAAGCAGUUUUAUGUGACGUAGCCAUGGUCGCACAUCUUCCAUCUCUUUCUCAUGCUUUGUUUGAAUCAUAUGACCAGCAUUUUUCGUCCAGGAGUACUUUCUGGAUUUUGCUUGCAUUCUGUUAUUCUUCCUAUUUUUUAAUGUAUCAAAUUCAAUGUUAGAAAAAUUUAAAUCUUUAUCUGGUGCCCCAUUCUGGAUGUAAGAUAGUUAUUCAAUAGAUGCAAAAUAUUUCUUCUAGGAGGUGUUUCUUCUUUUGUUUCUGUGCAGUAUGUAUGAACUUGGUUAUUAGGAGACUAUUGUGGCAUUACCAACCUUUAUUGCUAUUUAAAAAUGAUAGUUUGUAGAACUGAGGACCCCCAUUGAAGUGAAGCACAAUUUAGUGAAUAAGUUAACAUAUUAAACUGUUGUGAUGUCAAGAA